AUUUCCUCGUCCUCCCCCGUACAACUCCCACCGUCCGCCCGAGAGUUCGAACCAAAAAAACCCCCGCCGCCGGGAGGGACAGCGCGAGGCCCGCCGUCGGGCGCGAUGGCUCGCACCAAGCACGCGGCCGUGAGGAAAUCCAAGGAGCAGCCGAAGAAGAAGCUCCAGUUCGGGCGCUCCCCGAACCGGAGGGCGACGCCGACAGGUGGAGCGAGCACAUCGGCGACUCCGGCAAGGGCUGCAGGGACCGGGGAGAGGGCGGCGGCUGGAGGUACGGCAGGGCGGCAGCAGCAGAGGGUGAAGAAACCGCACCGUUGGAGGCCAGGGACUGUAGCGCUGCGGGAGAUCAGGAAGUACCAGAAAUCCACCGAGUUGCUUAUCCCCUUUGCACCAUUUGCCCGUCUGGUGAGGGAGAUCACUGACUUCUACUCAAGGGGGAAUGUAACACGCUGGACCCCGGAAGCUCUCCUUGCGAUACAAGAGGCAGCAGAAUUCCACCUGAUAGAUCUGUUCGAAGUGGCAAAUCUUUGUGCCAUCCACGCCAAACGUGUUACUAUAAUGCAAAAGGACAUGCAGCUUGCAAGGCGUAUCGGUGGAAGGCAUUGGUGAAUGGUGAUAGACUAAUCAUAUGUGUUUUUGGACCGUACUACCUACAGCUUGCAAUCCAGUAUCGGUGGAAGACGUUGGUGAAUGGUGAUAGACUAAUCAUGUGUUUGUGGACCCUACUACCUGAUGUAGGACAUGAAAUAUGUGUCGUUGGCCUUAGCAUCUUCAUGUAGAUGUAUCUUAAUCCAGUAGUGUCAUUGAAAGUUACAUAUUUCAGGUAGCGUUCCAAGUAUUCAGACUGACGUAUCGUCCAUGUGCCUAUGCCCUAUGAUACGUUUUAUUCAGAAUGUUACUCGGAUGAUCUGUUACCAUAUUAGAGCAAAAUGCUGUGAAAUUGUCA